CCUUUUUUCUUUACCUUGUAGUGAACUUUGACCACUUCCAGAUUCUCCGGGCGAUUGGGAAGGGAAGCUUUGGCAAGGUGUGCAUCGUGCAGAAGAGGGACACGGAGAAGAUGUAUGCCAUGAAGUACAUGAACAAGCAGCAGUGCAUCGAGAGGGACGAGGUGCGCAACGUCUUCAGAGAGCUGGAGAUCCUGCAGGAGAUCGAGCACGUCUUCCUGGUGAAUCUCUGGUAUUCCUUCCAGGACGAGGAGGACAUGUUCAUGGUGGUGGACCUGCUGCUGGGAGGUGACCUGCGCUAUCACCUGCAGCAGAACGUUCAGUUCAGCGAGGAGACGGUCAAACUCUACAUCUGUGAGAUGGCGCUGGCCCUCGACUACCUGCGGAGUCAGCACAUCAUCCACAGAGAUGUAAAACCAGACAACAUCCUCCUCGAUGAACAAGGUCAUGCCCAUUUAACAGAUUUUAAUAUUGCAACAAUCAUUAGGGACGGUGAAAGAGCGACAGCAUUGGCUGGGACAAAGCCAUACAUGGCCCCAGAGAUCUUCCACUCGUUCCUGAGCGGCGGGACGGGCUAUUCCUUCGAGGUGGACUGGUGGUCUCUGGGAAUCAUGGCCUACGAGCUGCUGCGGGGCUGGAGGCCGUAUGACAUCCACUCCAACAACCCCGUGGAGUCUCUGGUGCAGCUCUUCAGCACGGUCAGCGUGCAGUACUCCUCAGCCUGGUCCAAGGAGAUGGUCGCGCUGCUGCGGAAGCUGCUGACAGUGAAUCCUGAGCAUCGCUUCUCCUGCCUGGCCCACAUCCAGGCCUCGGCUCAGCUGGCCGGCGUGGUCUGGAGCGACGUGUGCGAGAAGCGCGUGGAGCCGGGCUUCGUCCCCAACAAGGGCCGCCUGCACUGCGACCCCACCUUCGAGCUGGAGGAGAUGAUCCUGGAGUCAAGGCCCCUGCACAAGAAGAAGAAGAGGCUCGCAAAGAACAAGUCAAGGGAUAACAGCAAAGACAGCUCCCAGUCUGUAUGUGCUGCCUGGGGUAACAUCCAGCUGGGAAAAGGCUGGAUCUGGGCGGGUAUUGCAGCUGGUACAGCCACACUGUGCAGGACACGGGUUUAUACUGAUGAAAGCAUUUGCCCAUUGGAGUAAUUUCAACAACCACAUAUUCCUCUUAUGGAAGUUUGACCAAACUUUCACAGUAGUGAGUACUUUGGAAAGUGAAACAAGCAGCAGAGGUGUGGGCAGCCCGGUGUGCUCAGCCUCUGGCUCCACACAGCCCCAGGGCUGCAUGAACCUUGGCAUGAGGCAGCAGCUCCCUGUGUCUGUGGGCUGUGUGCUGGGCUCUGGCUGUGCUUUCUUUGGGCUGACAGCACUCCCAAAAUCCAAACACACGGAUAAAUGCACUGUGUUCACACAGGAGCAGUGUGAUCUGUGUUUUAUGGAAAACCUCUGCUGUGGAUGGCACAAGCCCCUGGUGAAAGCCACAUGGCAACCAGCCCUGCUGCCUCCAGCUGUUGGGCUGAGGUUUGGGGGGUGGGGGCUCCUGAGCACAGCUGGGGGCUCCUGAACACAGCUGGGGGCUCCUGAACACAGCUGGAGGCUCCUGGACACAUCUGGGGGCUCCUGAACACAUCUGGGGG